CUCUGAAAUUACUAUUUUUGUUUUAUUUUAUGACUGUUUGAAUUGCUUUUUGUUCAUUAGUUUUAUUUUAUAUUCAGAACUACUCUCUGAAAUAAGUAAAAAUGUGGACUACGAAAACGUUUCUCACAAAAACAAAGCGUGGAAACAUAUUAAAAAUUGUUAGAGAACAUUACUUACGUGACGAUUUACUAUGCGGAUCGGCAGCUUGUGAUGUUUGUCCCCAUAAAGACGAUGAAAUUAUUUUGGAAGCAGAACCAAGCUCUGUAUGUGAUUUAUUCCAAAAUCAUCACUACCUGAUUUUGGAUACUAAUGUCGUGCUACAUCAGAUAGAUGUACUAGAAGAAGAUGCUUUGAAAAAUGUUAUAAUACUACAAACUGUAUUAGAAGAGGUUAAACAUAGAAAUACUGCUAUAUUUAAACGACUUUUAGAUAUUAUUGCAAACAAAAAAAGGAAGUUUUACUCAUUUAUUAAUGAGCAUCAUAAAGACACUUACAUUGAACGUAACGCAGGAGAAAAACAAAAUGAUCGAAAUGAUAGAGCAAUUCGUAAAGCAGCUACUUGGUAUGAAUCUCAUUUAUCUAUCAACAAAACAAAUAAGAAUUUUCCAACAAUCAUUCUUUUGACUGAUGAUGAAAACAACAGGAAGUUGGCUCAAGAAGAAGGAAUUACCUGCUGCUCUGUGAAAGAGUAUGUAGAGAACAUAAAAGGUUUUGUUGGACUAGCUGAUAAAUUAUCAAAAAAUGUUAUGCCAGAAAGCUGUUCAAAAAAUGCUUUGUACCCUGCACAUUUGACACCCAGUCAAAUACAUAAUGGAAUCAGAAAUGGUACAAUAUACCAGGCAACCUUUCAUGCUUCUCGAGACAACUUUCUCGAAGGAACGGCCAGUAUCAACCAAUUUGACAAACCUAUUCUGCUACAAGGUCAUAUAGGCAUUAAUAGAGCCAUAGAUGGUGAUAUUGUGGCCAUAGAACUGUUGCCAAAAGAGGAAUGGAGUAAGCCUAGUGACAUUGUACUAGAAGACAAAACAGAUGAUCCUGGAGAUAUUUUAGACGAAGAUGCUGAGUUAAAGCUCAAAAACAGUAAAGCUGAGAAAGACACUGAUGAAAUAUCCCCAACAGGCAAAGUUGUGGGUAUUAUAAGGAGAAAGUGGAGACAGUACUGUGGUAUAUUGAUGCCAAGUAAUUUCCCAGGAGCUACCCGCCAUCUUUUUACACCCGCUGAAAGGCGAAUUCCGCGAGUGCGUAUUGAAACACGCCAAAGCGAUAUUCUCGCAUCCCAAAAAAUUGUAGUGGCUCUAGACUCUUGGCCGAGAAAUAGUCGUUAUCCAUUAGGUCAUUUCGUCAGAUCCCUGGGACCUAUAGGUGAUAAAAAUGCUGAGAAUGAGGUUAUUCUACUUGAACACGACGUUCCCCACGCGAGAUUCAGCGAAGCCGUGCUGGCCUGUCUACCUCCCGACGAUUGGACAAUACCCGAGGAGGAGUACAAAAAGCGUCAAGACCUGCGUGAUAUAUGCGUGUGUUCCGUCGACCCGCCGGGCUGCACGGACAUCGACGACGCGCUGCACGCUCGGCCGAAAGGGGGCGUGUACGAGGUGGGCGUGCAUAUCGCUGACGUCACGUACUUCCUGCGGCCCGGAAACGCCAUGGAUAAGGAGGCCGCGUCCAGGUCAACUACAGUGUACCUCGUGGAUCGCAGAAUUGAUAUGUUGCCAGACUAUUUGAGUUCAAACCUCUGCUCACUGCGAGGCGGUGAGGAGCGUCUGGCGUUCUCUUGUGUUUGGGAGAUAGACGAGAAUGCUAAUGUCUUGUCGACCAAGUUCCAUAAGAGCGUCAUUAAGUCGCGCGCUGCCAUGACGUACGAGGAAGCGCAGAUAGCGAUCGACGACAAGUCGAGAAACGACGAGAUAGUGUCGUCGCUUCGUAUCCUCAACUCCCUCGCCAAGAAACUGAAACAGAAACGUCUCGACAACGGCGCCCUGCUGCUGGCCUCACCAGAAGUUCGAUUCCAGGUGGACUCCGAAACCCACGAUCCGGUGGAGGUGCAGGCGAAGAAGAUAAUGGACACCAACUCCAUGGUUGAGGAGUUCAUGUUGCUGGCGAACGUGAGCGUGGCGGAGCGGCUGGCGCGGGACUUCCCCCGGUGCGCGCUGCUGCGACGCCACCCCGCCCCACCUCCAGCCAACUUCACUACGUUCCUCAAGGCCGCUAGCCAGCAGGGUUUCGACUUAGACGUGUCUACGAACAAGGCGUUUUCGAAGUCUCUGAACGAAGCGGUGAUUCCGGACCGGCCGUUCUUUAACACAUUGCUACGUAUAAUGGCGACGCGGUGCAUGCAGCAGGCCGUGUACUUCUCCAGUGGAACGAAGACGCAAGAGGAGUUCUACCAUUACGGCUUAGCGUGUCCGAUUUACACGCAUUUCACUUCGCCUAUACGUAGGUAUGCGGACGUGAUGGUGCACCGUCUGCUGGCGGCGACGAUCGGCGCGGACGCGACGCACGCGACGCUGCUGGACACGCGCGCCGCGGACGCGCUCUGCGACAACCUCAACUACCGCCACCGCCAGGCGCAGUACGCCUCGCGCGCGUCCGUCGCGCUCAACACGCACAUCCUGUUCACGAACCGCGUGGAGGUGGAGCAGGCGGUGGUGCUGGCGGUGAAGCGGAACGCGCUGCAGGUGCUCAUCGUCAAGUACGGCCUGGAGGGACCGCUGUACCUGCCCAACGACAAGUUUACUUACAACGAGGAGGAGAAUUACCAAGUCUGCGGCGACAUCGUGCUGAAGACAUUCGACGAGCUCACCGUUCGUCUGGUCCUCGACAGCACAAACCUUCAGCACCGGAAGCUGGUGUUCCAACUCGUCGAACCCCAUAUACCCGGCUUCAGCUACGUCGAGGAAAAAAUGGAAGUCGACGAGAUUGAACCGAAGAAGAGGAAAGACGAGACGGAAGUGAAGAGCAAGAAGAAGAAGUCCAAGAAAUAACAUUCGUGUAAGAAUAAAUUUUAUUUUAUA